GAAGAAGACGACUUCUCAUUAGGCAAUCUCUGGCAUAUCCAUAUAUGGAUAUCUCAAUUCUAUUCCUUUUUCUGCUGUGUCUCCUGCAAACUCCUUCUCUAUCUUCAUCUAAAACACUUGACAUUCUCAGAGCCUCAUCUCUGUCAGUCGAGAACCCAACCGACGCAUUAGUUUCAGCAAAUGGCGAAUUCUCUGCCGGCUUUUUCCCCGUUGGGGAUAACGCCUUCUGCUUUUCCAUAUGGUUCACCCGCUCCUCGGCUCCCACCGUUGUCUGGAUGGCUAACCGAGAUGAUCCAGUAGACGGAAAAGGUUCCGAGCUUUCCCUUUUGAGAGACGGCAAGCUUAUCCUAACAAACUCCGUCGGCAUCACCGUUUGGACCACGAGAACACCAGCCUCGGCCUCAUUAGACGCCUCCAAGCUACAGCUACAACUCCUAAACACAGGCAAUCUUGUGCUUCAUAAUUCUGAUCCGAGCGUUAUCAUCUGGCAAAGCUUUGAUUCACCUACGGACACCCUUCUUCCUCAACAAGCUCUGACCAGAAUUUCAAGCCUUGUCUCCAAGAAAAGCCAAGCUGACUAUUCUUCCGGCUACUACAAGCUCUAUUUCGACAACGACAAUGUUCUCCGCUUGCUCCAUCAAGGCCUGACAGUUUCCAGCCUCUAUUGGCCAGCUCCAUGGUUCAACGACCCCGGCCAAGCCGGAAGGUCUAGGUACAACUCAAGCAGAGACGGAAUAUUUAACGUCUCGGGCUCUUUCCUAUCAUCCGACCAUUUUGAAUUCCGAGCAGCAGAUUUUGGCGAGGUGAUUCCCAGACGGUUGACGGUCGAUUCUGACGGCAACCUGCGACUGUACAGCCUGCAAGUGAAUUCGUCUCGGGAUUGGGUUGUGACGUGGCAAGCCUUGUCUGGGCCAUGCCAAAUUCAUGGCGUCUGUGGACCCAAUAGCGUGUGUAGUUAUGAUCAUGCCUCCGGCAGGAGAUGUGAGUGCAUACCGGGCUUCAAGAUGGAGGAUCCAACUGACUGGUCUUUUGGGUGUACGCCGGAAUUCAAUAUGUCUUGUAGUCAAAUGAAUGAGUCCAGCUUUGUCCAACUUGCUCAUGUUGAAUUCUACGGCUCUGAUAUAAAGGCCCCAUUGAAUCUUUCCUUACAAGGCUGCGAACAAGAAUGCCUGAGUUCUUGUGCUUGCGUAGGGUUCCAAUUUAAGUUUAUAGCCGAUUGGGGUCAAUACAAUUGUUACCCCAAGUAUAUGCUACUCAAUGGACAACGGACACCACAUUUUGAAGGAGAUUUGUAUUUAAGAUUACCCAAAGGUGUUCUUUCUGAUAACAAGACGGCGUCGGAUGAUGGCGAAUCAAGCUUGAGGUGUUUAGGCGAAGUUUCUAAGCAAGUAAGAAGAACGUAUGAGAAUAAGACGGUGAAGCUUUUGCUUUGGUUUGCCACUGCAGUCGGCGGUUUAGAGGUUACGUGCGUUUUGCUGGUGUUGUUUUUCUUGUUCAGGACUGACAAACAUUCGGAUCCGACUGAACAAGGAUACCUCCUGACAUCUCGAUUUAGGCGGUUCUCUUUUGCUGAGCUGAGAAAGGCAACGAAGGGAUUUAGUGAAGUUGUCGGACGAGGUGCCGGGGGAACAGUUUACAAAGGUGUACUGCCUGAUCAACGAGUAUGUGCAAUCAAGCGACUCAACGAAGCCAACCAAGGAGAAGCAGAGUUCCUAGCAGAAGUGAACACCAUUGGGAGGCUUAACCACAUGAACUUGAUAGAGAUAUGGGGAUUCUGUGCAGAGGGAAAGCACAGGCUUCUGGUUUACGAGUACAUGGAGCAUGGAUCCUUGGCGGAAAAUCUUAGUUCUAAUGCACUUGAUUGGAAAAAGAGGUUUGAAAUUGCAGUGGGCACAGCAAAAGGCCUUGCUUACUUGCAUGAGGAGUGUCUAGAGUGGGUUCUGCAUUGCGAUGUAAAGCCUCAGAACAUACUCUUGUACUCUGAUAAUUAUCUGCCGAAAGUUGCAGAUUUUGGGUUGUCUAAACUUCUCAAUAGAAGCGAGCUUGAUCACUCGAGCUUCUCAAAGAUGAGAGGAACUAGAGGAUACAUGGCGCCAGAGUGGCUUUACAAUCUUCCCAUCACAUCUAAAGUGGAUGUCUACAGUUACGGGAUUGUUGUGUUGGAAAUGGUUACCGGAAAGAGCCCGACCGGUAUGCAUAGCUCCGGCGACAGUAGAGGGGCGGGGGAGUAUACGAGUGUGGUGAAGUUGGUGAAGGAGAAGAUCAACAACAUUGCAAACAACACUGGAAGGGAGUCAUGGAUUGAAGAGAUUAUUGAUCCUAGGAUGGCUGGGAAAUAUGACUCUGCUAAGAUGGAGCUUUUGGUCAAAGUUGCUUUGCAAUGUGUGGCAGACGACAAAGAUAACAGACCCACCAUGAACCAAGUUGUAGAGAUGCUUUUGCGCCAUUAGAUCAUUUAAUAUUGUUGAAAAAAUGAUUUAGCUAGAAUUUUGUGUAAUUUAAAUUAUGAUUAUUUUCAUUCUGUAAGAACUUUUUUUUAAUGAAUACUUGGG